CCUCAUCAUGUCAUUUACCUCAGCUUAUAGCAGUAAUACUUUUACUCAGACUUCCUGUUUCUGGAACUUGCCUUCUUUAUUGCUGUGUUUAUACUUCCUUCUGUCUGUGAUUAGAUAAGCAUAAAGCCCUAGAUCUAAGCUUCUCUGUCUUCUCCCUCCCUCCCUUUCUCUUCCUCUCAUUCAUUUCAUACACACUGGCUCACACGUCUGCUCUCUCUCUCUCUCUCUCUCUCUCUCUCUCUCUCUCUCUCUCUCUUUCUCUCUCUCUCAGAAUGACAAUUCUAGGUACAACUUUUGGUGUGUUUUUUUCUUUACUUCAAGUCGUUUCUGGAGAAAGUGGCUAUGCACAGAAUGGAGACUUGGAAGAUGCAGAACUGGAUGACUACUCGUUCUCAUGCUAUAGCCAGUUGGAAGUGAACGGAUCCCAGCACUCGCUGACCUGUGCUUUUGAGGACCCAGAUGUCAACACCACCAAUCUGGAAUUUGAAAUAUGUGGGGCCCUCGUGGAGGUAAGGUGCCUGAAUUUCAGGAAACUACAAGAGAUAUAUCUCAUCGAAACGAAGAAAUUCCUAUUGAUUGGAAAUAGCAACAUAUGUGUGAAGGCUGGAGAAAAGAGUCUAACCUGCAAAAACGUAAACGUAGCCACUAUAGUUAAACCUGAGGCUCCUUUUGACCUAAGUGUCAUCUAUCGUGAAGGAGCCAAUGACUUUCUGGUGACAUUCAAUACAUCACACUUGCAAAAGAAGUAUGUAAAAGUUUUAAUGCAUGAUGUAGCUUACCGCCAUGAAAAAGAUGAAAACAACUGGAUGCAUGUGAAUUUAUCCAGCACAAAGCUGACACUCUUGCAGAGAAAGCUCCAACCAAAAGCAACGUAUGAGAUUAAAGUUCGAUCCAUCCCUGGUGACUAUUUUAAAGGCUUCUGGAGUGAAUGGAGUCCAAGUUACUAUUUCAGAACGCCAGAGAUCAAUAAUCACUCAGGGGAGACGAAUCCUACCUUACUAACCAUCAGCAUUUUGAGUGUUUUAUCUGUGGUUCUGUUGGUCAUCUUGGCCUGUGUGUUAUGGAAAAAAAGGAUUAAGCCUAUUAUAUGGCCUAGUCUCCCAGAUCAUAAGAAGACUCUGGAACAUCUGUGUAAGAAACCAAGCAAGAAUUUAAUCGUGAGUUUCAAUCCCGAAAGUUUCCUGGACUGCCAGAUUCAUAGGGUGGAUGACAUUCAAGCUAGAGAUGAAGUUGAAGGCUUUCUGCAAGAUACGGUUCCUCCACAACUAGAAGAAUCUGAGACACAGAGACCUGGAGGGGAUGUGCAGAGCCCCAGCUGGCCAUCUGAGAAUGUAGUCACCACCCCAGAAACUUUUGGAAGAGAUUCACCCCUCAGAUGCCUGGCUGGGAAUGUCAGUGCACAUGAUGCCCCUAUACUCUCCUCUUCCAGGUCCUUAGACUGCAGAGAGAGUGCCACGAAUGGGCCUCAUGUGAACCAGGACCUCCUCCUUAGCCUUGGAACUACAAACAGCACCCUGCCUCCUUCAUUUCCUCCCCAAUCCAGAAUCCUGACAUUGAACCCAGUUGCUCAGGGGCAGCCCAUCCUUACUUUCCUGGGAUCAAAUAAAGAAGAAGCAUACGUCACCAUGUCCAGCUUCUGCCAAAAGCGGUGAAGUGUAAGAAACCCAGACUGAACUCACCGUGAGCCACAAAGGUGAUUUAGAAGGGAAGUCUAGAGUUGCCAGUCUCCCUCACAGCACAAAGAAGACAAAAUUAGCAAAACCCCACUACCCAGUCUUGCAGCAUUCUGAAACAUUGCUUUGACCACGUUUCCUGAGUUCAGUAGCACUCAACAUGAGGAAAGAGCACCCUGCUUCUACCAUGUGGAUUUGGUCACAAGGUUUUUUAGGGGUUUUUUUGUUUGUUUUUUUUGAGAUGGAAUCUUGCUUUGUCGCCUAGGCUGGAGUGCAGUGUCGCUCAGCUAACUGCAACCUCCACCUCCUGGGUUCAAGCCAUUCUCCUGCCUCAUCCUCCCCAGUAGCUGGAAUUACAGCCAUGCCCCACCACCCCUGGCUAAUUUUUGUAUUUUUAGUAAAGACAGGGUUUCACCAUAUUGACCAGGCUGGUUUCAAGCUCCUUACAUCAGAAUCCGCCCACUUCAGCCUCCCAAAGUGCUGGGAUUACAGGCGUGAGCCACUGCACCCGGCCUGGUCACAAGGUUUAAGUUGACCUAAUGAUUCAGCUAUUUUUUUAAGAAAGAGGAAAGUAUGAAAGAGUAAAGGAAAGAAUUUAGGAGUGAGGACAGCAGGAAGAGAGCAAGAGGGGAAAUAAAGAAAGAAGAAAAAUGAUAGUUGCCGGGCCGGGUGCAGUGGCUCAAGCCUGUAAUCCCAGCACUUUGGGAGGCCGAGGCGGGUGGAUCACGAGGUCAACAGAUUGAGACCAUCCUGGUCAACAUGGUGAAACCCCGUCUCUACUCAAAAUACAAAAAAUUAGCUGGGCAUGGUGGCGCAUGCCUGUAAUUCCAGCUACUCAGGAGGCUGAGGCAGGAGAAUUGCCUGAACCCAGGAAGCGGAGGUUGUGGUGAGCCAAGAUCACGCCAUUGAACUCCAGCCUGGGUAACAAGAGCGAAACUCUGUCUCAAAAAAUAAAUAAAUAAAUAAUAGUUGCCAUUAUUAGGAUUUAGUAUAUAUCCAAUGCUGUGCAAGUGCUCUGCACGUCUCUAUCCUCACAAUAAUCCUGGGAGCUGUGUGCAAUUACUAUAACUGCUCUCUUUUUUUUUUUAUAGAUCAUUAGAUUCAAGAACUAAGGAGUUAAGUGGCUUGUCCAAGUUGUUCACACAGUGAAAGGUGAGGCCAAGAUAUGAUGGCCGGGAGUCUGAUUGCAGUUCCCUGAGCCAUGUGCCUUUCUCUUCACUGAGGACUUCCCCAUUUUUGAGUGCCAAACCUCACUAGUAACAGGAUGUGACUAGAUAAUUUAUGAUCCAAACUGGGUCACUUUGGAAAGCGAAAGGGGAACUUAUAUAUAAUCCCUCCAGGACAAUGAGGAGAAACUAGGACUGCCCCAGACAAAUGGGGACAUACCUAUGGUCACUUAAAUUAAAAUGGCUAUGAGAAAGAAAGUGGGGGAAAUUGGUCUUGUGGGUGUGAAGCCCCAUGACCAGUCAUGUCAAAAGAAGGGAAAGAAGUCAAGAAAAAACCAUGAAGCCCAUUUGAUUUCGUUUUUCUGAAAAUAAGCUCAAGAGGGAAUAAAUUAGAAACUCACAACUCACAAUUUCUCUUGUUUGUUACCAAGACUGUGAUUCUCUUGCUGCUACCACCCAACUGCAUCCAUCCAUGAUCUCAGAGGAACCUGUUGCUGACCCUGGACAUGGGUGUGUUUGAUGAGUGAGAGGAGGCAUAACUCCUCCCAUGCAUAUAGACACUACCCAGACCUAAUUCAUCCCCAAAUUGUCCUGAGUUCUCCAGCAAUAGAUGCUGCCACAAACUUAGAGGAGAAAGAGUUACAAGCACAUGCAAUGAGUGAACUGACUGUGGCUACAUUCUUGAAGAUAUACAGAAGAGACGCAUUAUGAAUGUUUGACAUUUAUCGUCUCGUCUUUCUUGGUCUAGAUUAAUUUCUAAUGACUAGCUCAAAGUCAAGGCAAUAGAGUAAUGUUAGCUCAGGGAAGUGCAGCAAACCCCUCUCCUGCAGGCCUCCAGACCCUGGCUGUUCACAGAACCACAAAAAGUAAAAGCUGCACAGAAAACUAAAGAAGGGGCCAAAGGUUCAGGGUUUUGUUUGAGGUUUAUUGUUAUUGAUUUUCUGUUUUGAAUAUUUUUCUUUGUUUGGUUUUUACUUUAUUUAGCGGGAUUAGGUAUUUCAGUUUUCUUGUUUGUUUUGUGUUGUCUGUGAAUGGGUUUUAACUGUGGAUGAAUAGACCUUACCUGUUGGCUUAACAGACUGGUAAAAUCGGACCAUCUUGUUCUUCAGAUGAGUGUUUUCCUUUCCAAAGUUCUCUCCUCUGCAUCAGCAGUAAUAAAUACAACACCGUAAUCCCUUAGGUUUACUUAGCACUUUGGCAAUUUUCAAAGCAUUUCCAUAAGCAUUCUUUCCACCUACUUGAUAGGCAUUUAUGGAAAGCCUGCUAUGAGCCAAUCAUAGUGUUAGACGCAGGGGAUCUAAAGGCAAAUAACCUUUAGAAGGGUGUCUAAAGGAUGACACCCUUCCUCAUAAAGUGCAAAAUCUAAAGUGACAGCUUAGUAAACAAAUUUUUAUUAUACUACAAAAUGCUACAAAAGAGGCAUGUUGAAAGUGCCCUGUUGGCGACAGAGCAAAUGCCACGAAAAUGAUGUAAAUUCGUGUGGAGAAAAGGUAGAAUCUGCCUGGUUUGUAGGAAGCAGAAAACACUUUUCAUCAGGUGGACGGGUGCUGUUUACCUUUUGUAGAAGUGAGAGUCAAGUUUCAAAUAGGAGGUUCCACAAAAUCUCACGCCCAGCCUAGGUCUCUGAUACCUUAUUCACAGAGGUUCUUUGAAGUAUUUAUUGUUUUCUUUGACUUUGGAAAAAUUGGGACACAAGAAGACAGGUAAAUUACCAAACCUCACACAUUAAGUCAGAACUGAGAGCUGUAAUGUUGUAUCUCUGGUAUAAAUAGACAAUCUCUCGAGGAAAUGAGAUGAACUGUAGAGAAACAUUGAGGCAUCUCCAGCUCUAAACUCCUCUGUCUCAGUAUUGUUUGGCAGAUGUUUUCAUUGGAAUUUAGUGUCUGAGCAUCUGUCUGUUACUGGAGCAUUUAAAAUGCAUGUAUUAUAAUCAUAUAAUCAUAACUGCUGUUAAUUCUUGAUUACAUACCUAUGUGUAAUAUAAGAUUACUAAUUGGUUCUGCCCAAUAUACUUUCAGAUUUUAUUAAGGAAAAAAAUCCUACUGAUCAGAGGCAAUGUAUUAAUCCCAAAUGUAAACUGCUAAGUCUAUAUAGCAUGAAAUGCAAAGGCAACUAAAUUGGUCCAACAACCACAUUUAGGGCACCCUGGCUUAUGCGGUUGAUUUCCUACCAACCUUUGCCUCUUCCUUCAAUGUGGUUUCCAUGGGAAUUUCCUUUAGAAAAGCCAAGUAUGGGCUGUUUCAGAGGUGCAUACCUGUUUUCUUAGCUCUUCUAGAGGGGCUAUGAGACUCGGAAGGGGCCAGGAAGAAUAUGUGGUAGAGCUCUGAGAAAUGAUGCAGAUUAGGUAGCAUUUUUGCCUGGUCCAUGAUUUAUUGUUGGGAUUAUUCUUUAAAAUAUCCAUUGUUCACUACAGUGAAGAUCUCUGAUUUGACUGUGUACUUUCCACAUGCAUUACAAACAUUUUGCCGAGCUGCUUAGUAUAUAUGUGUACAAUGUAUAUAACCAUAUCAUAUUUAAUUAAAUGCUAUGGAA